AUGAAAGUUGCUAAUUUGCUAGUAGCUUUUGCUCUCUUGGCUCUGGCUUCCUCAUUUGUCACUGCCUAUGACCCCAGCCCCCUCCAAGACUUUUGUGUAGGAAUACAUGAUGCUGAUGCUGCUGUGCUUGUUAAUGGAAAAUUCUGCAAGAAUCCAAGCUUUGCCACCAUUGAUGAUUUCACGUAUUCGGGGUUUGAUGUUCGUGGAAACACCUCAAAUCAACUUAGAGCACAUGUUAAUCUCAUUACGGCUGAUCUAAUGCCAGGCCUUAACACUCUUGGCGUAUCUUUGGCACGUAUAGAUUUUGAACCAAAUGGCGGUCUAAACCCUCCACACUAUCACCCUAGAGGAUCAGAGGUUCUCUUGGUUUUGGAGGGCACUCUUUAUGCUGUUGCUAUUGCUGCAUUAACAAGCCAAAAUCCAGGAGUAAAUACUGUAGCAAAUGCAAUCUUUGGAGCCAACUGGCCUAUUAAUCCUGAAGUUCUCACUACAGCGUUCCACUUGGAUAAAACCUUGUGGAGGAUCUUCAGACUCAAAACUGGGUGA